AAGCCGGGAGGUGAACAAGUUGAAAACCAUAACCACGAACCCAGCCAACAACCUGUCAAGGUGAUGCGGCAAAAUGGUCCACUGAGCCCAGCUCGCACCCUCAAGGAGCUACAGGACCUUCAAGCCCAUCCCGGCAUCCCUUGCACCGCGCAGGAGUAAGCCCUACGGCGCCUGGGCCCUUUCGGCCGCCGUUGGCUCCGCGUUGUUAUGGAAACCCAGCUGCCAUCACAAUGUCGUUGCAACAGGCCCCGCAGUCGCGGGUCUUCUUGGAACUGGUUCCCUGGGUCGACCGGGACCGGGAGAACAAUCUGCUCUCAGGCGGAGAGACGCUGCCUGGACUUCGCCACCCUCUCUCUUCCGCACAGGCCCAAACUGCCACCCGCGAGGUGCACGUAAGCGGCACAGCAGAGGUGUCUGCGAGGCCCGACCGGGCGCAUGUGGCGGUGCGAGUGAGCAGCACCAAGGAGACGGCGGCCGAGGCCAAGAAGAGCGUUUGCCGCCGCCUGGACUACAUCACUCAAAGCCUCCAGCAGCAGGGCGUGCAGUCAGAGAAUGUAACUGUGACAAAGGAUUUUAAAAGAGUAGAGAAUGCUUAUCACAUGGAAGCAGAGGUCUGCAUUACAUUUACUGAAUUUGGACAAAUGCAAAAUAUUUGUAACUUUCUUGUUGAAAAGCUGGAUAGCUCUGUUGUCAUCAGCCAACCCCAGUUCUAUCAUACUCCAGGUUCCGUUGAGAAUCUUCGACGGCAAGCUUGUCUUGUUGCUGUAGAAAAUGCAUGGCGCAAAGCUCAAGAAGUCUGUAACUUUAUUGGCCAAACUCUAGGAAAACCUUUGUUAAUCAAAGAAGAGGAAACGAAAGAAUGGGAAGGCCAAGUAGAUGAUCACCAGUCAUCCAGACUCUCAAGUUCAUUAACUGUACAACAAAAAAUCAAAAGUGCAACAAUACAUGCUGCUUCCAAAGUAUUUAUAACUUUUGAAGUAAAGGGGAGAGAGAAGAAAAAAAAAACAAUCUGAAAUUCUGACCAAAUUAUAUUGUGUUUAUAUCUUUUUGUCUAUUUUUAUACUGUUUAUAAUGUUUACUUUUGUCCUGGAUAUGUGUAUAUUGUAUAGUAUAUGAACUGUUUCUCUCCGAAGUCUGUCAGUCUUUGAAUAGUUCUACAGAAUACUUAUGUUUACUUUCUAUUUUCAAAAACUUACUAUGGGAAAUACUCUGGAAAUAAAUGUGUUAUAUGUUUAUACCUAUACACUGACAAUUCAUAUAAGUGCUUAUGUAAAUAAUUUUAUAUUUCUACUACUCAAAGAAAUAUUGACACAGUUUUUACUAUGAUUCAUAACACUCGUAGAAAGAAUGAUGAGCAGUAUACUACUCUUGAUGAAAGUGUAAUGAGGUAUACUAAGAAAAAUAUUUUGAUGCCAGAAAUAAAAGACAAUAUAUGGACCAGACUCUCUUCACCAGGGCUCUGAUUAUAGCAGCACUCUCCAAUACAAAUAUAAUGCAAGCCAUACACACACACACACACACACACAUAUAAAAUUCAAAAUUUCCUGGUAGACACAUUUUUAAAAAAUAAACAUUUGAAACUAAAUUUAAUAAUUUAUUUAACCAGUAUAUCCAAAAUAUCAUCUCAGCAUGUAAUCAAUAAUUUUUAUACUAAGUUUUCAAAAUCCAUUGUAUAUUUUAUAUCAUAGCACAACUCAAUUCAGAUGAUAAAUUUUCAUCAGAAAUACUUGAUCUAUUUUGUUUCCUAAAAUAUAGUUGAAUAAAAAUAGAUUCACACAUCCAAGCUGUUCCAGACAGCUUGAAAGUUCAGGUAACUGGAUCGAGUAUCAUUUUUUCAUUAAAAAUUUUUAAUAUUUAAAAUUCAGUUCCUUGGUUGCAUUGGUCACAUUUCAGGGACUAACAGGCCAUAAAUGGCGAAUGCCUACUGUGGUGGGCAGUGCAGGGCUGUACACAGAUAAUACUGAUCCUUAAGACUAUGUGAGAUGUAACCACAAGUACAUAAGAGUGCUACACACCAUCUGCAGGUGCUUCUACAUAGACCAAUCCUAUUGUGCAGUACAAGAUUUCUAUUCCCCACCCUACCUCUAGGCCCUAGGGUUUUUGCUUUGAUAUAUCUCAAUACUCAUAUUCCAAUGCUUCUUUCCCCUAACAUAUUCUAGUAUGCAGUUUCCAUCCUUGACCACUUUUUUAAAUGACCCUAAACAAUUUUAUCCAUCUCUUCUGUAAUAGCCUUGGUGGGAGGGAGUGAGGAAGCCAAGAAGAAAAGUUUUAGAAUCUGAAACCACUAUUUUGAGAUCUUGACUUUUCUACUUUACUCCUUUAGAAUGGAGAUCUCAUGCUUCUUAUUCACAGGGCGUUCUCAGCCCCAGCAUAGUGACAAACAGAGCAGCUUUCCAAUAUCUGCUGAACAAAGGUACCAAUUAUAGAAGUUUGGUAAGGCACUUUAAUUUCUUUAAGCUUCUCUUUCCUCACCGAUGAAAUAAGGCUAAUAAUUUACUACCUUGCAGUGUUACUAUAAGGAUUCAAGUUGGUAAAUAUAAUACCUCGAGAAUAAUACCUAGCACAUGUCAUUCACUCUGAAUAUAGUAAUUACUAUAUCAACUGCAUUCGUUGAUUAUUGUCAACAUGAAUAAAAUGUGGCUUUUUCCAAAUCUUCCAUUAAGAUGAAUUUUUAAGUGGUCAUAUUGAAAACAAACUUAUCAGAAAACUAGUCUAAGAUAUGUUGAACUUUUAUAUCCAAAAAAGUUAAAUAAAUUAUAUCUUCACUUUUAUUUAUCCAAUUGUGUAGAAAAGUAUAAUCGAGUCUGUACAUCAAGAAAGAAACUGUUUAUGCUCAAUAAAAUUUAAUCAUGUGGGUAGGUUUUUCUUAGCCACGGCUUCAUUAUAUUUUUGGUUCUAUCAUAUUUGGUAAAGAACAUUAUCAACUUAGCAUGAAAUACGUAACAAAUUUUAUUUUAAGUUAGCAAUACUUUUUAGAAUUUACAGGCAUUUUUAAAGAUGUUGCUUCAAAAAAAAUCCUGUAAAGUGGACAGUCCUACAAUUCUGUAAAGCAUCUGAAAGAAAAAAAUCUUUUAAGGAUUGGGUUGGUUUACUACAUCCUAUGUACUUUAAGGGUAUCAAAUUUAGUUGUCAGUUAAUUUGCAAGUUAAUUGCUGACACAUGGCAUAGACUGGCGUCUCACAAUGAGUGACUUAGAGGACCUGUGUGCCACAAAGCCUGCUAGAAUAAACUUAUCUCAAACUUCAUCCUGACAGGAUUUCUUUCUUCUGAAACCCCCUUUUUAAAAAAAUCUUUUAAGAAAGCAAUAAUUUAUAAUUGCUGUUUUCUAAAAGAAAAUUGUUUUCUUAUUAGGAUGUUUGAAACAGACCCACUGUAUCCCAACCUCCUUUUUAGAAGGAAAUACUAUUAAGACAAGAUUUCUUUUUUUUUUUUUAACAUAUAUUUAUUUAUUUAUUUAUUUAUUUUUAUUUUUAUUUUUUUGUCUUUUUGCUAUUUCUUGGGCCGCUCCCGCGGCAUAUGGAGGUUCCCAGGCUAGGGGUCCAAUCGGCUAGUGGGUCCAACAGACCCACUGUAUCCCAACCUCCUUUUUAGAAGGAAAUACUAUUAAGACAAGAUUUCUUUUUUUUUUUUAAGAUAUAUAUAUAUAUAUAUAUAUAUAUAUAUAUAUAUUUUUUUUUUUUUGUCUUUUUGCUAUUUCUUGGGCCGCUCCCGCGGCAUAUGGAGGUUCCCAGGCUAAGGGUCCAAUCGGUCCAAACAUAUAUUGUUUGCUACACAGAAUUUAAUGUAGCCACUGGCCCAGGCCAGAGCCACAGCAACGCGGGAUCCAAGCCGCGUCUGCAACCUACACCACAGCUCAAGGCAACGCUGGAUCGUUAACCCACUGAGCAAGGGCAGGGACUGAACCCACAACCUCAUGGUUCCUAGUCGGAUUCGUUAACCACUGCGCCACGACGGGAACUCCAAGACAAGAUUUCUGAAUAUUAGGAUUGCAUUCAGCUGCAUGCUAAAGAUUACAUGUUUUGUGGUAGCAAUUUAUCUUUUAUCGGUAUUCUUAUUUGGCAGUUAAAUUGAGUUCAAUGUAAAUAAAUAAGACCUGGAAAAAUAA